AUGGAAACACGGCAGUCUGCGCGCAAGCGCAGGAGCAAUUCCAUCUCCGAUUCAAGGAGCAAUUCUCCAGUCUCGCACCGGACAAGAAACAGUGUAAUUGGGGAAGCAGUGCCUGACAUGCAAAGGUUCGCUGCGAGAACCCCAAAGAAGGCCAGGAAGCGGGUCCGAUUCUCGGAUCCUGGUCCUCGCUUGCUGGAUACCCCAGCUUGGUCGACUGGCCUGACACCUGCCAUGAAACGCACCUCGUUCCGAGAGUCAGACCCUAUCUCAAAGGUCGGCAAUGGAACACCUAGUCGACCAGCCCAUCGGCGACGAUCAGCUCCAACACCGCGCUUCCAGCGGUCCUUUGACCCGAUUGAACGAUUCGAUGAGUCAAGCAAUGAAAGAGUGAUCCAAUUUACCCCUUUACGGCAAAUCUUGGACACUCGCACGCAGAGGAGAAUACGACGUUUUGGUCUAAGCGAUGAGAUUAAUAGCAUUCAGCGCGAAAGGCGACAGUCUGCAACUUUCGAGAAGACUCUUGAUGUUUUACGACAGGAGCGAGACGCUCUACAACAUGAAUUGAAUGCUUUGAAACGAAGGCAUGAAGUUCCGGAAGAUCAACUGCCUUCAUAUGAGUCUUUCUGGAUGUCCCCUCAGGUUCGUGUUUGCGAACUCGAGCGUGAAACUCCUCGACUUCGGGAUGAAAUCUCAGUAGCAUCCGUUGACAACGACGGAGACACUUUCACGUUCAAUGACACCGCUGUGAUGACUUCUAACUCGCCGGAUCUUCGUGGCGUGCGCGAUCCUCACUCACCUGUGCCUGACAGCCUAAUGGCAUUCAAUCAAACGAAUGCCGACAUCUCGACGCAGACAAAAGUUAUGAAUACGACAGAAGAGUCAAAUGUGCAAACUCUCAUACUUGACCUGGAAGCUGCCAGAAAUGAGAAGAGGGAGCUUUUCAAUGCCUGUCGGACGCAUCUUUCUACCUUUGAAGCAUCUGGUUUCGGCGAUACGCUUCGACAAUCAUCCCCACCUCCCGAUUUCUUUGGCAACGUCAUCCAAAUACUGACGAUGGCGCUUUCUCGCGCUUCUGAUGCCACCCAAGCCCUAGAGGGUAUCAGCCAAGAAUGUUCUGGCCUGGGAUUUACCGGCUCUAGCACCGACGAAGUGAUAAAUGAUAUGAGAACUCACUUCCGCACUGCACGCCUUGAGCUGGAACGAGCCGUUCCAGGCGAAACUGCGAAGGUAAGCCUCGGGGAUGGAAAAGCCACCCUUGGUGCGUUGGUCCAACGGGUUAAGACUCUCGCAAUUGACUUGAAAGCCGAACGUGAUUACUAUAAUGGCUCGCUUGGCCGUGAGAGAGCUCUUCGUGGACAAUUCGAUAACCUCUUACACCGGUAUGAAGCGGCCGCUGAGAAAAUCAGCAACCUCGAAGACUCGAUUGCGUCAUCUGCAAGCGAUAUGCUUCACACACGAAUUCGACUGCAAGACCUCGAGAACGAAGACCAAGAGAAGAGCAUUGGGAUUGACAGAUUAAACGCCGCCCUCGAUAAGUACCACGAAGAUGUGAGAGGUCUGGAAGAUAUGGUGAGCCGUUUGGAAGAAGAGAAUACGGCCACCAAGGAGAGAUAUAGGCACAGAAUUUCCGAUUUGAAGGCACAACUCGUCAGUGAGCGCAAGCAACGUUCUGCGAUCGAGAUUUCGACCUCUGAAAACGAAAACCGCAUUCGCCAGCUCGAAGAAACUGUGGAGCAGAACCGGAUUCGGGCGUUUGAUCUCACUACAGAGAUGGAAAUUCUCGAAAAAGAGCACCAGGCAGUGCUUGACCGCCUUGCACAAACAGCAAACGAGCAGCACCAACAGCAUCAAGAAGAGACCGGGACUCUGAAUGUCCGCAUCUCCGAACUCACGACAUCUCUCGACGGUGCAAGGUCAGAGGCUCGGCGUCUGCAACAAGUCAACAGCGGUCUCGAAGAGCAACUGCGGAUGGAAAUGGAGGCUCGUGAUGGGCUUCUCGAUAAAUGGGCGACCGAGCAGGCACGCUCAUUCGCGUUCAUGAAAGAGUCGGUCAAUUCAGAGCGCCGGCGCGCCAAGAUGCGUGCCGCGAACUGGGAACUCAGAUCAGAUGACCUCAUGUCGGAUGGGACGACGAUGAUGGGUAGUGAGCCCAUUACCCCCGUUAGUAUGACUCGCUUCGUUGAUGUGGAGAUGGGGAGAGGGAAGAAUCGCCGUCGGAUGGAUAGUGGGAUCGGCAUUCUCUCUGAAGAUGACCUUCUUGAAAAUGAAGGGCUUGCAGAUCUGAGGCGUGGAAUUGACUCUGAUAUUGAUUUGCCCGUGCCUGAUUUCAUUUGA